AUGUUCUCGCGUUAUGCUGUACUCUCUGAGGACUACGAUCCCAACAAACCCGCUAGGCCGCGGAGCCUUAUCUCAAAACCUCCUUCAGUUACCCGCAGGCCACGGAGAGCCCCUACGACAUACAGGCGUGGUCAAAUCUGCCUCUUUAAAUUAUCCGCGUUCACACCGUUGGCGGAAGCUUUGGAUAACGCUGAAGGUCCCCUGGCCCUCCGAGAAGGUUGCUCAUUAACUAUCCGGGAUGGCUCCCCUGCAGCUGUCUCUUCCGGGAAGGAAAGACCUUGCAUCAUCAUGGAUCCUCCUGCUGGUUACAAGUCUGACAAGGGUCGUCGGAAAGGCCACUUCAUCUGUGUGAUGGCCACGUUCGCAUCCUCUGGUGGCGAUUAUAAACGUUUUGGACAGCUUCUCCAGCGAUUUGUCGUGCCUGUCGAACCAAAUGCCCAGGUUCUUCCUGACUCAGAAAUUAAUGCGUUGAAGACGAACCCAGCUUGGCUCCAUCCUCUACAAUGGGUGAUCUCUUAUAUAAUCUUCACGGAGCAGCCCGUGAGGCUCUUUAGGGCUCGCAGUGAUGGUCGAAGCCGCCAGCUUUCCAACACCGAAUACAACAGACUGUCCCAAUAUUGCCUCGAUCAGCGGGCCUUAUGGCAGCACGAUACAGAAGAGAAUGAAAACUUAAGGCAGGAGAUGUACGAGGAACUUGUAGACUGGAAACCUGAUCCACUCGAUGCCGACAAGGCAUCACUAUACUCGUGUCUUUCCAACGCGUCCGGCUUAUCCAUCGAUGGCUCCCAAUCAUUGUAUCCAGCUUCUCGUCGUGGAAGUACUUUAACGUUGGACACGAUCUUCGAAGGCACCGCUUCCACAUAUCCCACUUUUACACCUGAGGACUUCCCGCCCCUGCCCUCGAGGGUCUGUGAAGUAUAUUAA